AUGCAAGAUGUGUGGCGGCAACAGUUAGGUUGGGACGAGUCUGUUCCGCAGAGCAUACAUACGGCAUGGAUCGAGUUCGUGCAGCAGCUCGCGAUAAUAAAUCAAAUCUCGUUUAGCCGUAAGAUAUUGAUAGACGGUCAUCAGGACAUCCAACUUCACGGAUUCUGCGAUGCAAGUAAUGCCGGGUAUGGGGCAUGUAUAUACGUACGUUCGAACGGGGAAAAUGACGAAGACACGGUUGUUAGGUUGUUAUGCGCCAAGUCACGUGUUGCUCCGUUGAAAACAGCUACUAUACCGCGUCUUGAGCUUUGCGGAGCGUUACUAUUAGCACGGUUAUACGUCGAAGUAAGCGGUGCGCUAGGUGUCACACCCAAUAAGGUGGUAUUUUGGUGCGAUUCGACCAUCGUACUGCACUGGAUAAAAACGGCACCCCACUUACUCAAUGCCUUCGUGGCCAGUCGCAUCGCGGAGAUCCAAAACCUCACGGACUCGAACCAAUGGCGGCAUGUUAGAUCGGGCGAUAAUCCUGCGGAUGCGAUAUUAAGGGAUCAGUUACCACACGCGUUUACACAGAAUCGGACUUGGUCAGUGGGGCCUGAGUGGCUGAUCAGAAAGGAGAAUGAAUGGCCCAACGAGUUCGUGCGAAUAGUCGAAUUGCCCGAGUUAAAGAAAAAUGCGUGUUUGAUAACAACAUUUAAUGAUUCGGAAAUAUUUAAUAGAUGCUCCGCCUAUUCUAAGUUACUUAGGGUCGUUGCCUACUGUCGGCGUUUUCGACCGGCCAAUACAUAUUCCGGCGCGUUAAGUCCGAAAAAAGUCGACGAAGUCAAGGUACGAGUAUUACAAUCCGCUCAGGCCACUCGAUAUUCCGAUGACAUCAAACGACUUAGAGAUAGGAAUUGCGCGGUUAAGAGUAGAAUCGCCAAUUUGGAUCCGUUCUUUGACGACGAUGGUUUAAUCCGAGUCGGAGGGCGUCUUCAAAAAUCAAGCUUGUCUUUUGCAAGGAAGCAUCCAGUUUUGCUUCCAAGUCGGCACAGCUUAACUGACCGGAUCAUUCGCGAAAUCCACGAAACACAUCAUCACUCCAGCAUUCAGACGACCUUGUAUAUUCUGCGGCAAAGAUUUUGGCUAGUGGACGGUAGGGGUCAAGUACGACGAGUCAUCCGUAAGUACGUCCGCUGUUUCUGUUUUGACGCCGACACAGUUAAAUAUAAAAUGGGAAAUCUCCCAUCGGCGCGCGUACGCGAAGCGGCGCCAUUCACAAACACCGGCAUAGAUUCCUGCGGUCCCUUCUUUAUUAAGGAAAAGAAAUAUCGCAACCGAACGCGAAUCAAGGUGUACGUAUGCGUUUUCGUAUGUAUGUCCAUAAAGGCAGUGCACCUUGAGAUUGUUAGUGAUCUAACUUCUAAGGGAUUUAUCGCGGCAUUAAGACGAUUCGCUGCGAGGAGAGGACUGCCGGAGCACAUCUACUCGGAUAACGGGACGAAUUUCGUAGGCGCGAACAAUCAGCGAAAAGAAAUGUAUGCGCUGUUCAAUUCCGAAAAACACAAAGAGCUGAUAAGUAGGUUUGCGAGCAAGCAUCGUAUCACGUGGCACUUCAUACCACUCGUAGCACCACAUUUCGGGGGUCUCUGGGAGUCCACAGUUAAACUUUUUAAACACCAUUUUAAGCGUGUUGUAGGAGACUCGUUGUUUACGUUCGAGGAGCUAAAUACAUUUGCCAUUGAAGUUGAGGGUAUCCUGAAUUCCAGACCUAUCACUUCCCUCUCAUCCGAUCCGAAUGACUUACAAGCGUUGUCUCCUGCCCAUUAUUUAAUCGGCAAGCCGCUAACCACCCUUCCGGAGGGCGAGCUGUUGCAUGUUCCAGCGAACCGGCUGUCCACCUGGCAGCACAUCACUAAAGUACGGCAAGACUUUUGA